AUAGCUCGUCGCAGGGUGAUGACGUAGAAUCACGGUUCCCGGUGCUGUUGUGAGUUGCUGAAGUAAAGCAAACGAAAGGUGGGAUUGUCUCCGUCAAACAAACCGAGGACCCGCCUGCCUGAAGCCAUGGAGAUGCACACGUCAGUGCGUGAAAUGUACGUCUCCUCUCAGCCUGACUCCACCUACUUCCUGCGGGUGGAUUGGAGGGAGCAGGGCCUAGGUGCAGGCUUCCAGUUGGUUCUGACUGAUGGACAGGGAGCAUGGAGAGGAGAAGUGAGUGACGCAGCGCUGUGUGAGGAGGCGGAGGAGCUGGAGAUGCAGAAGGAGAGAUACAUCCAUGACCUCCAGCAAGCACUCACAGGGACAGAGAGCUCCAUCACCUACAGCUUCACCCUGAUGCCGUCUCCACCGAACCACAGCUCAACGGUUACACUGGCAUACGAGAAGGUGCAGAAGGACAUCUCGGUGAGUGCUGCACAGAUUUCUCUCUCUCACAUGAAGCGAUACGUUGGUGGUAAAGAGGCCCUGGAGACAGAGCUCUACUCUCGAUUUGUCCUCGUCCUGAAUGAGAAGAAAGCAAAGAUCCGCAGUCUGCAGGAAACUGUCUCACAACUGCAGGAAUCCAGUUCUGAGGGAGAGAAAAAUAAGGAUUCAGUCAAAUCAGACCAAACAGCCGCUGAGGAGGAUGAAUAUGGAGGGAGCACUGACGAGGAGCCAGAGGAAGUGAAGUGCACUGCACCCUCCACUUUACAAACCCGGGACUCCUCUACACCGAGCCCACUGGAUGGCAGCCUAAAGGACAUCACAGACGUGGCUCCUUGUCGCAAACGGCGGUUUCGUCACCUCAAGGCCUCGGACCCUGCGCUUAAAAGACCAAACCCAGAGACUUUGCAAAGAAAGAGGAGUGACUCCCCUGCAGGAUCCAGUAAGCAGCAGACUCCCCAGUGCUCUUCAGAUGCUGCGGCAGCAAGUUCAGCAGCAGAGGACCUGUUUGAGGAUUUUUGACCCAUGUCCCUCUGACUGCGCUGUCACAACGACAGCCGUAAGGACUGCAGGACUCCUUGUCAAACACCUUCACCUACACCUGCAAACUUUAUCUUUUAAUCAGACAGUGUAGGUCCCUGUCUGCUGCUCAGUAGCUGGCAGAAUGUAUAGACAUUGGGAGGGAAUUAAAAAAAUCAAAAAAGAGUCUUGAUUGGACACAGCAUGAGCAAACAACCCUGAGUGCUGGAUAAGUCUUCACACAGCUGAAAGUGUUUACAGGAAGAGAAAAGACAAAACUCAGAUGUGAAAAAAAAAAACAACUUCAUAUCUUAAACGUUGUAAUGAACCUUUCCAGUGGAUGACUCGAGUGUUUGUUUCCUACCCUGAGACACAUGGAUGACAUUAUUUGAUAUGAACAACUUUAUCUUUUGGUUAAUGCAGCAGAUGAAAAGUGAAGUAUCUGUGUUCCAGCUGUGAUAAUACACUGGACAAUGAUAAUGAAAAACGACAAUACAGUGAACAGGGGUUUGACGUUUUACACAUUACAGAUUAAUAAAGUUACCUGAGUAGUCAACUGCUGGCCCCACCACCGACCAGAGGUUUCAGUGAAGAGCACUGUCUAACACAUCUCUCCUGCCAUUCAUUGAGAGUAUGACUCACAGCAUUGUUAUCAAACCUCCUCAUUCUGUUUCUCCAUUUAGUCGUUCCUUUCAUUCGUCACCUGACUGUGAUGGUUAGGGGACUGAUAUUUAUUAAUCAUUUUCUAUUUUCUAGAUUUAUGAGAUUCUAAAUUGUGAUUUUGUGAUUAUGUAUUUGCAAAUGUGUCAUUUUAAUAUUUGCACCAAUAAAACAUGUAAAUAUUGUA